AUGGAUUAUACUGACAUUCCAAAUGAUUAAUAUUAGCCUUAAAAGAUAACUAAAAUGCCUGAAAUUACAGCAGAAGAUGUUUCAAUGAGCAAUACAUUAGUAAACAAAAGCAAUGAUGAGACUGCCUAGCACCUAAUUUUAAUAAAGAAAAAGACUAAACUGACAAAGAAAUCAGGAACUAUUUAUCCUGGAAGGGCUGAUUAGGAACAGAGGGGAAUGGCUGCAGCAAUAAAUAAUCAAUAAAGCUAUGGUAUUUAGCAAGAAUAAUCUCUAGAUUUCACCAAAAAUAAUGGUGACUAGCUGGAGGAUAGUUAUUCCCUCUAACAACUGAGUUCAGCCAUAUCAGUUUCAUUUUAAGUUGAUUUUUAUCAACGAGAAAAUAUGAAUAAUUUCUUCGACGCAAAAGACUCGACCUAAGAUCCUAAUAUAAAUAACAAAGAAAGUAGUUAAACUAGUUUAAGACUACAGAGGAUGUAGUCAAAGAUUAAUUAGGUAAAUGCAAUGAACAAGCGCAUAAGCAUUGACGAUACAGAUGAUGACAAAAAAUAGUAGGAAGAAGAGAAAAUAACUAUUGAGCCAUAUCGGCGAGAAAAUACUAAAUCAGUUAGCUUACCCCCUAUUAAUAAACAGAAGACUUCUCUAAAAAGAAAGGCUUAAUCUGUAUAAAAUAAUGUGCUUCACGAUCUGGUUGACUUUGAACCUAUGCUAAUCAAUACAAACCACCCUAAUUUACAUAGAGAAAGAAAGUUAAGAUUAGAUUGGUAUAAAAAAUAACUAUUAGCAGAGAUAGAAUUGUAGACACCUACGAAAUAUUUUGGAGGAAAGGAUAAGAAGAGUGUACAGUUCAGAGAUGAAGUUAAUGAUGAUUUAUGCGAAGUCGUCUUUGUAGAGAGUUAUAAAUAAUACUAUCAAGAUCCUUUAAAGGUGCCUGUUAAAUGUGCAUGUUCAUGCAAUAUUUACUGA